ACAGGUGGAGUGGAACAAGGCGAAAUGCUUCAGAACCUCAGAAAAGCCCCGUCCCGGUCUUUAAUGGCCGCUUCGGGCGCUCUCUGUUCUCUUCUCCUCUCCAGACCUCACUCUUUCCUUCCACCAACCUCAAAUACUUACCGCAACCCUAACCCUAGUUUUAACCUUCCAUCUCGAACUCAAACUCUCAAAUUCUAUGUGAAUUCAGAGUCCAAGGACAAGCUCAACGACUACCCAUGCGGAGAGAAGAAAUCUUUCGUGGUGGCUACCGGUGAGCUUUUCCUUGGACUCGCUUCUAGGAUCAUCAAGAGAAAUAACGGAAAUGGGGAUCUUGUUUCUUUGCCAGUUUCAACGCUCAGGGAAACUGAGGAUUUGGAGGGGGAAUCGUAUGUCAGAGAGAGGAUUGCUUCGGUUGUGAAGGAUUCUGUUGAUUCUGACGUUGUUUGGGAGCAGAGUUUGAAGGAUGUGGAGGCCGAGAGGGAUCUGAAGAAGAUUACGAGCCCUGGGUUUAGCUUCUCUGCGGCUGGGUUGCUCUUCCCUUAUCAUCUGGGUGUUGCUCAGUUUCUCAUAGAGAAAGGAUACAUUAAGGAAACCACUCCAUUAGCUGGUUCCUCGGCUGGUGCAAUAGUAUGUGCGGUGAUUGCCUCUGGAAGCAGCAUGCAGGAGGCCCUAAAAGCUACUAAAAUACUUGCCGAAGAUUGCCGGCUUAGAGGGACUGCAUUUCGCCUUGGGGCUGUUCUGAGAAAUGUUCUUCAAGAGUUUCUGCCGGAUGAUGUUCAUAGUAGGUCAAAUGGGAGAGUUCGUGUUGCUGUAACCCAGAUUCUAUGGAGGCCUAAAGGCUUACUUGUGGAUCAAUUUGACUCCAAGGAAGAUCUCAUUAACGCAGUCAUCACUUCUUCCUUCAUCCCAGGGUAUCUUGCGCCAAGGCCUGCAACAAUUUUUAGGAACCGACUUUGUGUUGAUGGGGGUUUGACAUUGUUUAUGCCACCAACAUCUGCUGCUCAUACG